AUGCCUAAAGGUAAAUCGUCACAAGUAAUCAUAUCAAAGGGGGCUGCAAUCACCGAUGAUUCCAAUGUUGGAAUGCAGUUGCUGAAGAAAAUGGGCUGGACUAAAGAUACCGGUCUUGGAAAAGAGGGAAACGGUAUUUUGGAACCUGUUAAAGCUUCAAGCAAUUUUGGACGAAAGGGCUUAGGCAAGGUCUCCACUCAGGCAAACAUGGACAUGGUUCAACAAACUCAAUUUGAAUAUGUUCUUCAAAAAAUUCAAUCGACAAAUGGUAAUGUGGCUUCUAGCAGCGAUGAAGAGGAAGAGAUCGAAUCAAAGACACGUAGGCCACGCCUUUGUUAUGGAAGGUACUUGCGAGAUAAAGAUAUCUCCAAAUGCGAUGACCGUUCAUUGAAAGUUAUUCUCGGGAAGUCGGUGGCAGAACCGGAAGAUCUCUCUUUCAUUUCACCUUCAAGUGAAACAGUGGAACAAGUAAAAGACAGUGGCCACGACUUUGGAGUUAAGACCUACUCAAGCUCUACAGAUUUGAAGUCGUAUUUUGCUGAAAAGAUGAAAGCCAAACGAUGUGGCCAAACCGCAGUUCAAGGUGAACACUUACUGAAGAGAUCGCGUGACCAUGAUGGUUCUCCGAAUUCUCCCGAAAUCUCCUAUCCCUUAUUUAAUCUUGAUGAUGUUAAAAUGUCGGAUGCUUCCAAACAUUCAGGUCCAUCCGACACGGGUUCCUCCAUAAACGCAAAAUCAAUUGGAUCUGAUGUAGAGGGUCAUAAAGGCGAGUUUUUUUUAUCCUGUGUUGUUUACAUAUUUGCUUUCAUAUUUGAGAAUCUAAAAAAUUUCCUCAAAGUAACAACUUCUAAAUUUUCCCUUCUGUAUACUGUUUUAGACGAUUCUUCAAGCAGUAGCUCCAGCGAUGAGCUUUCUGAGCAAGAAGAAACUCCGCCUCCACGACCAGAUUCUCCUGAUAUUUUUGUGAAUUCGAAUAUCUUAUCGCUCAAGGGUUAUCCCUACUAUUGA